AUGGCCGAUACCGUAGCAACCGAAGCCCCAGCCGCCGCAGCUGCCCCAGCAUCCGUGGCCAAAUCGCCAAAAAAGGCAAAAGCGGCCGCUGGCCCUAAGAAGCCGAAGCAACCCGCGACGCAUCCUCCGGUGAACGAGAUGGUCCUGGCCGCUGUGAAGGCCCUGAACGAGCGCAACGGAUCGUCGCUGCAGGCGAUCAAGAAAUACGUGGCGGCCAACUACAAGGCCGACGUCACGAAGCUGGCCACUUUCUUCAAGAAGGCCCUCAAGAGCGCCGUGGCUAGUGGCAAGCUGGUCCAGACCAAGGGCGUAGGAGCGUCGGGAUCGUUCAAGCUCUCGGCCGCCGCCAAGAAACCAGCGGUAGAGAAGAAGAAGGCAGCUGCCCCGAAAAAGUCAGCGUCCGCCGCGGACAAGAAGAAGAAGACCGCUGCCAAGAAGCCCGCCGGAGAGAAGAAGGCGGCUGGCGCGAAGAAACCCGCCAAGAAGGCCGAGGCCGGUGCAGCCAAGAAGCCAAAGAGUGCCGCGGCCAAGAAGCCCAAGGCCGCCGACGGUGCCAAGAAGGCCGCCAAGAAGCCUGUGGCGCCCAAGCAGAAGUCAACCAAGCCAUCGAAGACGGCCGCCGCCAAGCCCAAGACACCGAAGCCAAAGAAGGCGGCAGCUCCCGCCAAGAAGGCCGCUGCCCCCAAGAAGGCUGCUGCGCCGAAGAAAGCCGCUGCCCCCAAGAAGGCCGCCGCAGCCAAGAAGUGAAGAGCUGCAGCCACCUAGAACCCCUUCUCGGGUUGGCCUGGUCACCAGU